UGUUGUGUUCCGGUGUGGAGAGACGGAGGAGAGUAGGAGGCGUGUGACAAUAAACGGCCACCUGCGCCACCAAAUAUUAGCAAACAAGAAGACAUCGUUGAUUCCCAGCAGACACGACUGAAACUAAGGACGCUGUCAACAUUUUUAAAAAACCGAAGCUCAGCGGCUAGUAACUGAAAUGGUUUUUUUGUGUCUCUUCAGCUAUGGGGGGAGUUCCCAGCAGGUGUGAUGGUGGCAGCGGGGGGGCGGGGUCACAGCACAGUGGGAGUGGCCAGGACAAUGACAGCCAGCCUAUAAUUGAGAAGGAUGACAGCAGGAGACAGAGCUCUGGAGAGACGGCGCACUGUCCCACCUGCCAGGGUACUGGACGUAUACCCAGAGGUCAGGAGUGCAAGCUGGUGGCUGUCAUCUCCUGUAAUGACCAGAGGCUGAGACCCAGACACACGAAGCUUUACGUUGCCGUGUCUGUUGGCGUGUGCCUCCUGGUCAGCUCCUUGGUGUUGUUCUUCCUGUUUCCUCGCUCUGUCCUCCUUUCUCCGGUAGCCGUCAAGUCGUCCUUCGUUUACUUCACCGACGACUACGUCCAAAUUAACAUCACGAAUAUCCUGAACAUCACCAACCACAACUUUGCGACGGUGCAUGCCUACAAUCUGACGGUACAGGCCCUGAACUUCGAAAUGGUGGUGGGAACCGUUUCCAUUAAGAACGUCACCUCUCUCAAACCUCUAUCCAUCAUAAUGUACUCCUUUGUGAUCCCCAUCAGGCUGAAAGACCCUGACCUGAGGAACUACUGUAGGAAAGCUUCCUUGCCGGUCCACAUUCUGUAUCUGCACUUACAGAUGUCUAUGACAGUGUACUACCUGGCCCACUAUGAGCAGCUCUCCCUGGAGACGUACGAGUACAUCGACUGUGGAGCAAACAGCACCGUACCACACAGUGUGCAGCCUCUACCACCCUGAUGGAUGGAUGAUGGAUGAUGGAGGAUGGAUGGAUGGAUGGAUGGAAAGGAAAGAUGAAUGUGAGUGACUAAAUGAAGAAUGGACUAUUUAUACCCCCAUCCUAUUGUGAGGGAAGGAUAAGUACAAGUGCACCACUCUCACCAUCUCUACCUUACUCUACCUUGUACAGUUUAACUAAAAGGUUAAAGUGCCCAUAUUGUGAAAAAA